GGAGGAAGUUAUAAAGAGGGUACGAGCGAGCCCGCGGGAGAACCAUGCAGACCAAGCGGGAGUAUGAGCUAUGGUGCGAGAGGGUGAAUCCAGAGAACAAGGCAGCGCUGGAGGCAUGGGUCAGGGAGACGGGCAUCCGCCUGGUGCAGGUGAACGGGCAAAGGAAGUAUGGCGGGCCACCCCCAGGCUGGGUGGGCAGCCCGCCGCCAGCCGGGUCAGAGGUGUUCAUCGGGAGGCUGCCCCAAGACGUGUACGAGCACCAGCUGAUCCCCCUGUUCCAGCGCGUGGGCCGCCUCUAUGAGUUCCGCCUGAUGAUGACCUUCAGCGGCCUCAACCGCGGCUUCGCCUACGCCCGCUACAGCUCGCGGCGCGGCGCGCAGGCCGCCAUCGCCACGCUGCACAACCACCCACUGCGGCCGUCCUGCCCGCUGCUUGUGUGCCGCAGCACGGAGAAGUGCGAGCUGAGCGUGGACGGGCUGCCGCCGAGCCUGAGCCGCCGCGCCCUGCUGCUCGCGCUGCAGCCGCUGGGUCCCGGCCUGCAGGAGGCGCGGCUACUGCCCAGCCCCGGGCUGGCGCCCGCGCAAAUUGCACUGCUCAAAUUCGGCUCGCACCGCGCCGCCGCCAUGGCCAAAAAGACCCUGAUGGAAGGGCAGUCACACCUCUGUGGAGAGAAGGUGGCUGUGGAAUGGCUCAAGCCAGAUGUGAAGCAGCGACUCCGUCAGCAGCUUGUAGGUCCCUCCCUGCGGUCCCCACAGCCUGAGGGCAGCCAGUUGGCCCUGGUCAGGGACAAGCUAGGGUCCCAAGGGGCUAGGGCUACCCUGCAGUUGUUGUGUCAACGAAUGAAGCUGGGCAGCCCAGUAUUCCUCACCAAAUGUCUGGGUACAGGACCUGCUGGCUGGUACCACUUCUGGUACCAAGUGGUGAUCCCUGGGCACCCAGUGCCCUUCAGCGGCCUCAUCUGGGUUGUGCUGUCCCCAGAUGGGUAUGAUGGGCAGGAUGGGCAUGAGGUGGCCAAAGAUGCCGUGUCUGCACAGCUGCUAGAGGCACUCAGUGAGUCUGGGGCCAGCCUCUUGUGGGCUGCUGGGGCUGAGGCAGGUACCAUGAUUAAGCAGUGACCCCAUUCUCUCUCCACAGGCAGCUUUAAUGGGUAGGCAGAGCCUGUGUCAUUGUCCAGCCCAGCAGGCCUGGGUGAUCACUAUCUGACCCCAAAAGGGGGGACACAUAGGCCUGCCCCAGGCCUGAUACAACUUCCCUGCUGGGGCAGGCCCCAUCACACCUGGUGGUAGCUCAGUUUUAGCUAAAGUUUUGGUGAGGGAUCUUGCCCUCCCCCUCCCAGCCUAGAUUCUGACCUGACCCUGUGAUCUCCCUUGGCCAUUACCUCUGACUCACCCUAAUAACUUCCCCCCCUCUCCCACAGCUUGGCAUGAAUCUUCAUUAUCUUCCUGAUUUGUCCUCUUUGCUGGGUUUUUAUGGGGGGGGUAACUGAGCCAAAAGGUCAGAAAUUCCACCUUUUCUCCCCACCACGUGGCAUUCGGAUUUUGGUUUAUGUAUAGUUUUGACUUUUUCUAUGCUGGUUGUAUUUAUAUUAAACCCCUGGUUAAUAUA